AGUUGCGAAACCGCCGACGGUAGCAAAUCUUCCCAAUGUUUUGCAACUUUUUUGCAGUCUGGAUUUUCUUGACUCCCCAGUUGUAGAGUUUGACGACUUGAAAUUCUGACCCCGAACACUUGGAUUGUGUUUUCCCUUCGUAUUAGCCUGGGAGGGGGAAGAUUUGUCCUAUUAAUAAGAUCUGAAUAUCUUUGCAUUCAAAAUGUCAGCCAACGAAAACGCAUACUUUUCGGAGAUCUACGAGAAAGUGGAAGAACUAAAUCUCUCCUACCAAGAAAUGCGAGGCUGUUCUGCUCUCAUGGAACUCAUUGAUCGUGCUGAUGGGCAAAAUACUAAUCACAGGAGUGAAAAGAAGCAUGGAGCUUCGAGUGUUAAUCAGGGACGAGGCAAAGUAUUUGCAGGUGUUGUAGUUUCUGCCAUGCUGCUGCUGGUUGUCGCUGUAACUGUCAGUCACCCUUAUCGUCCCAUUCCCAGGGCCAUCUCUUCUGCGCUGGUGUAUUUUGCUCCUAAAGAGAUGUCUGGAGAUCAGUGUUUGGUGAGAGCACCAGGAAAGUUUGCGGACUGGUUUCGUCCAGUUGUUAACUGUUCGAUUUGCCGAGGAUUGCAGAAAGUGGAUUCCGUGAACGACAUUUCCGUGGAAGAAUUUACAGCUAAAUAUGCCUACUCAUCGCGUCCAUUGGUGGUGCGCGGAGCCAUGAAGAACUGGACCGCUUCGUCCACAUUCAGCUUUGACUUCUUCCGCAAACUGUACCUCAAGCAGUUCCCGGGUUCCUUGGACGUUCUCAAUGAGCACUGUCAGUUCUUCCACUACAAAACCGAAUUCCGCAAUCUACGGGAGGUGUUAACCAUGUCCAAGAAGCGCUUCGACCAGAUGUGGUAUAUCGGCUUCUCCAACUGCGACGUAGCCGUGGCUGAUGAACUGCGCCGACAUUACGCCCGUCCGGCAUUCCUACCGGUGGGAUCGGAAAGCAGUCGGUAUGACUGGAUUUUCAUGGGACGACCCGGUUAUGGUGCUAACAUGCAUGUUGACAACGUAGGACGCUCAUCAUGGCAGGCGCAGAUCCGCGGCAUCAAAGAAUGGACACUGCAGCCUCCGCCGGAAUGCUACUUUGAAUGCUCGACGCUUAAAGUGGUUAUCAAUCCUAAUGACAUCAUUGUGGUGGAUACCGACACGUGGUACCACAGUACCCUGAUCUUGGGAACGGAACUGAGCAUUACCAUCGGAUCCGAAUUUGACUGAUUUUGUGGCGUUUUCGAAUCUUCCUCCGUGGAAAUCUCAGGGAAACGUUAUCACCGGUGAUUGGUUUUAAUUGCUUUUAUAGAUUUUAUAAAUCUUUUUCCAGAAUUUUAAAUCGACUCAGUUCUGGUUGUUAUACAUAGAUUUCAACAUUUCUUAGUGCACAUCGAGAACAUGUGCUCUUUCUUUCAGAUAAUAAUUUCAGUUCUUUUAUCUGUAAAUUUUAAAUGAACUUUUAAAGUCCUAUUCGCUGGGUAGCACAGCAGAAGGAUGUGACGAGUACGAAACACAGAAAAAUAAACACGGCGCUCG